GUUUGUUUGGGUAUAAUUUUAAAUCAAGGAUAACCAUGACCCGAUAUGUUAACAUGAGUAACGCUUUGUUCAUUCAGUAUAUGGGUGCACUAGUGUCUGUUAAGUGUGGUUGUGAGGUCUGUCUUAUCUGUGUUAUGAAUCAUAGAAGUGUGUUAUGCUGAUACAGUGAGUUUGUAUUGUCUACAGUUCUUGAGUUAAGAGGACUAGGUUAAACUGGUUCUAACAAUGGGCUCCAAAUUUUCUAAACUUGUUCAGUUUUCAAAGAAAUAUCCCUUGUCGAGGGGAAUGGCCAGUUAUGCACUAAUCUGGCCCUUAGGAAGUUUAGUACAACAAACAAUAUUCGGAGAAGAAGAGUAUAAUUAUGAAAAGGUUGCUAGGUUUAGUUUAUAUGGUUCAUGUUAUGUAGCUCCUACUCUACAUUGCUGGAUCAAGAUUGCAAAUACAAUUUGGCCUCACAACACUUUGAGAUCAGCAGUGACUAAGGCAAUUGUAGAACAAUUCACCUACACGCCUUUCGCCAUGCUGAGCUUCUACUUUGGUAUGACAUUGUUAGAAGGGAAAACCAUUGAAGAUGGAAAGGCAGAAGUGGAAGCUAAAUUCUUACCAACCUAUAAGAUAGGAGCUUGCGUCUGGCCAGUACUGCAGACAUUCAACUACACCGUGAUCAAAGAACGGAACCGAGUGGUAUUUGUCAGCAUCUGUAGUCUGAUGUGGACGACGUUCCUGGCGUACAUGAAGCACCUGGAGCACCACGAAGUAACAGGGGAUCCCCAACCGGACACCUCGCCCCCUCCUUUACCCCCUGUAGUGAAAGCAGUACAUCUCACCCCCACCGAAACGACCGAAAAAUCCUGGCUUGUAGUGCGCCAGGUCGAUCGAUAACGUUAAAACCAUUUAGAGUAAUAAAUUUUAGUUUUAUGUAUGUAUAAA